UGAAAAAGUUGAUUAAGUUUUGUCCAUUCGCCGACCAUCAACAUCAUGAGUCGUUCCUGGAAGUAAACGAUAGAGGAGGACGGUUUUCUGUCAGCUCAGUUGAUUGGAAGACUGAAACAGACGGAUAUUUUACUUAUCAUGACGUUAAGGAACUAAGAAUGUUGCUAAAACUAUCCUAUGAUUUACGCUACUGUGAAUAUCAACUUCAAUUCCAAAAAAUCCUUGGCAACACUCUUUUACCUUUGCUUGGAGAUCUUCCAACCAAUCACGAGCUAUUUUUUCCUCUUUCUCGCUGUCUUUACUCAAUUUUGUGCUGCGAGGGUAAGACCUUCCCGGCCUUUGUCAAAGAUUGCUCACCCAACGAUGAAUAAUAAUCAAAAUUGAUGUGACGUUGCGCAAAGAUUGCUCCAGUUCUUAAGUUCGUUACAAGAUCAGUGACCAGGUGACGUUGCAAGUGUCUUCGUGGCUUCAGGAAAAUGGCGGAUGAAUCUUCCAUCGAACAACCAGCUCAACAAAUCGAAGAUAAAGAUAUUGCAGAAACACCAAUGCAGGAAAAACCCGGUCAGGACGAAGUUGAAACUGCAGUGGAGGAAUCAAAAAAUGUGAUUGAAAGUUUGAUUUCAACAUUGCUUGAUGUGAAAAGCCAAAGAGAUGAUAAUGCACCUGUUUCUCUGAAAGAUUGUGAGACUGGACUUGAUGAUAUCCUUCAGGAGGUCUGCUCCAAGAUCGAUGAAAAAGGCUUGCAGGAAAAGUAUUACUGUAGUCCAGCACGCAGUGUUCACGUGUCUAUCAUGGCGAGAACAUUCACAUCGUAUCUAUCUCUUCUGGAGCAAACAAGACUUAACAAACUCUAUGGAAACAUUGUGGAAGAAGUGACGACGACGAUGUCAAAAUUCUUCAAUUUUGAGAACAGUCUUGCAUAUUUUCACCAUCACUGUUGGAGUGGAAUUAUCAAAGUAUGUCGGUUGGCAUUACGUUUGAAGUAUCCGAAAUAUGCAACAGAUGGAUUUACUGCUUUAUACACAAGACCUCCAGUUAUCUAUAUAAGCGCAGCGUCUCAUCCAUCUUUUGGAGCUUAUCUUAGAAUGGAGUUGGGUCUGCCACAGUCAAGUAUAUGUGAAGUACCAUGCAACACUAUGUUUGGUUCGACGCAUACCAUGGAUAUUGCAGCGUUUGAACGACUUUUGAGUGAUGAUAUUUCAUGUGGAAAAACUCCUCUAUUAGUUGUUUGUCAUGCAGGUACGCCUUUGGUGUGUCAUACUGACAACUUACAGCGACUCAGGGAAUUGUCAACUCAAAAUGGCCUUUGGAUGCAUGUCAUUGGAGAUACUUUGGCCACUCUUUCAUUGACGUCUGUACCUUCAUCAAUGACGCCUGCGAUCAGCAGUGACAGCGUCACGCUUUUGUUGCAUCGAUGGUUUUCCAUGCCAGCGGUAUAUUGCUGUACAUUAUUCAGAAGUAAAGAUCCCAACCACGCUGCCCAAGCCGGAUUAUCAUGUAGCGAACAAGAUGUAGAAUCUUUGAUUCUCCCUCUGUACAUAUCCAUCAAGCAAAUAGGUCUUGAAGAGCUGCGAAAUACUGUCGUAAAAGCUGGAGAACUGGCCCAACAUAUGUGUCAUCUUUUGGAUUUACUUCCGAGUAUCAAGCGGAUAGAACAGAGUCGUAAUAUUUCACCUGUCGUAGUAUUUCGCUAUUGUGGUAAUGCUUCAGAACAUGCGAGCUCAGAGGGCAGCAGUAGUGAUGAAGGUGACGAUGAAUCAUCCGGCGAGAAAAACACGUUCAAACAAUCUAAAUCUGACAAAGAGAAGGAUUCAAAUGCUCUGAUCGACUCUUUAAAUAAAAUGUUGGUGUCGUCUCUUUCAAAAGAAGCUGUUCAUGUAAAUAUUGAUCUUAUUCAUGUUCCAAAUAAUGGUUGGUGUCUUCGUUUUAAUCCAUUGCUUUCUGCUGCAACAUCAGCGACAACUAACGAUUCCGUGGAUUAUUUUAUAAAAUGUCUUGAGACAAAAGUUAGUGCAUUUGAUGCUACGUUAUCAGACAGGAUUGGUUUAUUGACUGCUCUGUCAGAUAAACCACACGUUGUGAGGGUUGAUCUUCCAGACUUUCCUGGUGUUGGUGCUGUACAGUUUAUUCCACAUUUCUGGACGACUAAACUACUAAAGAAUCUUUCCGCUGCCAAACAAGAAGAAAUUGAUGAACUUAACUCGGACGUGUUAGCGAAACUCUCCGAUAAAGAUCUAUUCUCGAAGGGGGAAACCCCCGACGGUCGUGUUUGUAUAAAGAUUGGAUUGGUAAAUAGAACUGUAAGCGUGCAGGAGAUCGUUGAGUUACUUGAAAAAACCGUAAAAGAAGUUCAAGAAUCUACAAAGUUUAUUGAAAAGAUGUCAGAAGCUGUAAGAAAAGGUAUCGAAGCAGCUCAGCAAGAUUUGGUUCAAGAUUCAAACGACAUUCUUAUGGAAGAGGGUCUACUACGUCAAGUACCGCUCGUUUCCUCUGUUUAUAACUGGUUUUCACCUUUACAACAUGAAAGAAAGAUUAAAGGGAGAACGUUCGAUCUUUCAUCUGGUUCACUUCAAACCACGGAAAAAACUUAUAAAUAUCAUUUGCAAGUACAAGACGCUGAAGAAGCGACUGAAUGACACGUGAUUUAAUAACACGUUACUGAAUGACACGUGACUUCACGUUAUUUCAUCUUUCAUGAGGCGUUGGUUGCAAUAAACCGCAUCUUUGAUAUAUUUAUGAGCUAGCAAAUCAAACCAUUUGUUUGUUUUGUCAUUUUUUUCUUGCGAAUGGCUCGCACUCUGAAAUAAUCGUUAGCUACAUUUAUAUUAAUACCAUAUAUUGUUAACCACUCGCUCAAGUGAAAAAAUAGAGAGAUUGGCGUUAGGCUUUUGAAAUUAAAUUCAUUCAGAAUAGAA